AAAGUCUAUGUAGGUUUUGUAAGUAUAUGUAUGAAGUCGCGACUCUGGAGGCCUGUUGAGCCUCUACGGAUCGUGAUGUCUGUAUGUCCUUUGUAUGUAUGGCACGACAAUAGCGCAAAAAUCGAAAGUAUUAUACUAGCGGCAAGAAUAAUACUUGUCCCUGCCUCCGCUGCUUCAGCAGAGCGACAUACUCGAGGAAGGGUGUCAACCUCUUUGUGUGUACGGGCGCCCUGCCCCUUUUCCUUUUCUUCUUUUUCUUUUUUUUUGCAUGCGGGUAGCCGAAUAGAGGCUGAGCCCCUCCCGCAGGCAAAAAAAAGAAAAAAUUAAAUUUUGAUUUGUCUUUUUAAUUUCCCAAGUUGAUAUAAAUCAAUACGGGGUGGGACCGUUUUUGCUCAGGAUAGGGGCAACCCGGGAAAGUGGGCGGCAUGCAGAUCAAAACGAAGAAACGCUAGGAGGGAUUCUUUUGCGAGAAAGCGUAUUUCAAAUAUUUUUUUGUCGAAAACGAAAAGGAAAAAACGAAAAUCUAUGUCUUUUCUGGUAGAAGUGAAGCAAGUCAACGUCAAAUUUAAGUUGUUUUGGACCGAUAGCUAAGUACUAGUACUCACAACCGGCUAUUGAACAAGCUGAGCAAAGGCAAAUGGAACAAUUGGACGCAAAACUACAAAUCACACUGAUUCACAAUCAACUACAAUGUACGACUAGGUGUAGCCAAAAGAAUUUUUUUGUAUGUUUUUUACUUCCCGCCGACGAGCUACGUGACGUUCGUAAUGACAGAUGUAAAUGUAUUCCUGUUUUGAUGAAUACAUGGCACGGUUUCACAACUCUAAAAAUGAAAUUUUGAAGAUAACCAAGAGUAGAAAACGAGAGCAUGAUGACGGCUAUGCUCUUCGAUCAUCUGCCUGAAGCUUUGAUGAAGAAGCUACAGAGUAGUAGUUUCCGACACUACAGAGCUCGUUUGGAGCUUGCUCGCUGCGCAAAAAUGACUGCUUCGAAGAUGUGUGACUGUCAAUUUGAAGGAGCGUUGGAUUUGUCUAGUACUUACCCUCUGAGGGGCCAAAAGAGCCGCCCAAACGGAAGAAUUUUCUUUUGCCAGUAUUGCCAAGUUUGUUUUCAUGUACGUCGCAAAAGUAAAAACAAAAACAAAAAGGGAAAUGCAACUGAAGAAAAUCUGGUACAACUCUUAGCGCUAAAACUUAAGGGUGUCGACGCUUCUUGAUGGUCUUUCGUAUGUAUCUAUGGUGCGCUCGGUGUAUGGUGUGGCCACUCUUGCUUUAAUAUUGGACAGGUCGCCAUUUGACUUUUCCGUCGCUAUCCAAUAAGUAUGCAUGUUGAUGCUCGUUCUGUAGCAGUUCUGAUUGUUGUGUGCUUGUAUGUUCUGUGCAACCAGCAGAGCCAGUGCAUUUGCGUCCAUGUUGAGAUUUUUAUGUGUAUACUUCGGGAGGACCGCAAGCGCAACCGCUUGCACACGAUACAUCGAGCGCGUUUGCAGUGAAACAACUAGAUGACCGCUUAGCUUGUAAAAGAGUACUACA